CUGGUUUGCAACCACCAUUAAACAAAGAAGCAGCAGCAGCAGAAGUUGUUUCCGACUGGCUACUUUUGUUCUAAUAGCCUGUUUAUUUUACAGACAGAAAGUCAUUUCAGUGACAAAACGCCGAGCAAGUUGACAGCAAUACUGUAGCUAACCUUUGAUAUGAACAUUGGCUAGCUAGCUAACCGGGUAGCUGAGUAGCUACAAGCGGUGUGUUAGUUGAUCAAAGCGGGUUAGCCUGGGCUUCCUCGGUUAAUGGUGUGGAGGCUCUGCCGACGACGAGCUCGCCAUCAUUCACCUGCAAGUGGACAGCUACGUUUGUGUUUUCAGGCUCAGCAAAUCUAAGAAAAGAUGGAGGCUCCUCCUGUCACUGUGAUGCCUGUCACCGGGGGCACAAUCAACAUGAUGGAGUAUCUAUUACAAGGCAGUGUGUUAGACCAGGCCCUGGAAAGCCUCUUGCAUCGUCUUCGGGGUUUAUGUGACAACAUGGAACCUGAAACCUUUACAGACCAUGAACUGGUGUACCUUCUGAAAGGCCAGCAAGGAAACCCAUUUAUUCUGCGUGCCCGGCGCUCAAUCUCUCACCCCACUGCUCCAUGGCACCUGCGCUACCUCGGCCAACCUGAAGUGGGAGACAAGAGCCGCCAUGCCCUAGUACGCAACUGUGUUGAUGUUGCUGCCUCUCACAGCCUUCCAGAGUUCCUCAAUGAAAUGGGCUUCCGCAUGGACCAUGAGUUUGUGUCCGCCGGGCACAUAUUUCGCAAAGGUGCUAUGAAAAUCGUGGUCAGCAAAUUGUCACGCAUCCUGGUACCAGGAAACACUGAGAACACGGAGCAUCUUUCGCUUUCAUACCUGGUGGAACUUAGCGUGUUGGCUCCUGCUGGUCAGGACACUGUUUCAGACGACAUGCGCAGCUUCGCUGAGCAACUCAAACCCUUGAUUCACCUGGAGAAGAUUGACCCAAGCAAACAGAGACAUUAGUGGUCAGUUAAAAGGGGCAAGUCUUCUCUGGCCACCGUGGACAAAUGCAGUUUCCUAUUUGUGUUUUGUUUUAAGGCUGGGUUUAAAAAAAAAAAAAAGUAUAUAUUUUCUGAUUCAAAGUGAUCUUGAUUUGAAUGUUUUCAUUUUAGAAAAUACACACCUUUUUCUGUAUCUGAUUGGAAGUCUUACUGCGAUUUGGAAAGUUUCACACACCAAAUCUUAUCUUAUGAGAUCAUGCAAAAAGAUUUGUUCACAUGUGAGGGAGAUUCAAAACAUGAUGGUUGAUAGGAUUUAAAAAGUAUGACGACAGAGAAGAGCUGCACAAAAGCAAAGCAUCAUAAAAGAUGUCACAAUUAGAAAUAAAAUAUUGUAGAAAUACCUCAAACCUCUGUAACCACUGACAUUAGAUUUGGUUUUCAGUAAACUAGUUUAGAAACUGCUUUAUCUCUAAAUGAACUGAUAUUGAAUCCAAGUGAGUGUGCAUUCCAUUUUUUAAAACAAUGUUUGUAUGAACUAAAAGUGCCAUUUUGACAUAACAUUUUUACUGGUCCAUAAAAAGUUAACAUGGUCCAUUUGUUAUGGUCUGAAAAAACUCCAUUAAACAUGUUUAUGUUGCACCA